GGUGUUGAGCUAAAAUCCACCAAACGGCACAAUGAUCAGGCUCCUGGCUCUGUCGUGUUUGCUGACGCUGGUGGCUGCUGGCCCCAGGGUGCUCAAAACCAGGGCAGAGAUCGAGGAGUACAAGACGAUCCUGGAGAGGACCAGAGAAGACGAUGGCUUGACCCUCGAGGACCGCAUGGAAGCCCACCCCCAGUCAAACCCCUGGGAGAACAGCGGGAAGUUUGAAGGUGAUAUCUUCCUGGAUGAUGACCUGAUCGAAGAUUUGGUGGACAACUACGCCGCUGGAGACGACGAGGGCCGCAUGGCGUACAUCAGACCCAACAGCCGUUGGCCGAGCAACACCGUCGUGUAUGAGUUUGGAGCCAAUGAAUUCAACUUGGAUCAGCAAAGGUACAUCAUCCAGACCAUCAACCUGCUCCAGGAGCGCACGUGCGUGCGAUUCCGAGUCAGGAACAACAACGACCGUAACUUCGUCAGGCUCACUGGAAGGCCCACUGGUUGCUACGCUAGCGUGGGCUUCCACCAAAACAGGGGCAUCCACACGUUGAACUUGGCUCGGUCGCAGCCAGGCUGGGGCUGCUUCAACUGGGUCGUCAUCGUGCACGAGUGGUACCAUGUGCUCGGCUUCUUCCACAUGCAGUCCACCUACAAUAGGUACAACUACGUCCGGAUCCAUUGGGAGAACAUCGAGCGAGGCAUGGAACACAACUUCGACCGCUACGGGAACGACAUCACCUCAAACUUGGGUCUACCUUACGAGUACAGCAGCUGCAUGCACUACGGAACUCACUUCUUCAGCAGUAAUGGACGCCCCACUCUUUCCACUACCAGGCAUUACGGCGGCGUAUUAGGUCAGACCCACAUGGUGACUGGGCUCGACAUCUGGCGUCUGGCCCGGCACUACAACUGUCCCGGGGCUUGGAGCGCCGCCGCUGAGAUGAAGGCCCGGACCACCAACUACGUAAUGAAAGACGGACAGGUUGUUGAGAUUUCCGCAGACAACAAGUUCGCUGAUGAACUGGAACUGCUCGAAGAUAAUGACCAGGUUACAACAGGUUCCCCUACUACCUACAAUAGGUACAACUACGUCCGGAUCCAUUGGGAGAACAUCGAGCGAGGCAUGGAACACAACUUCGACCGCUACGGGAACGACAUCACCUCAAACUUGGGUCUACCUUACGAGUACAGCAGCUGCAUGCACUACGGAACCCACUUCUUCAGCAGUAAUGGACGCCCCACUCUUUCCACUACCAGGCAUUACGGCGGCGUAUUAGGUCAGACCCACAUGGUGACUGGGCUCGACAUCUGGCGUCUGGCCCGGCACUACAACUGCCCCGGGGCUUGGAGUGCCGCCGCCGAGUUGAAGGCUAGGUCCACCAACUACGUGAUGGAAGACGGACAGGUGGUUGAGAUUCCCGCUGACAACAAGUUCGCUGAUGAAAUGGAACUGCUUGAAGAUAACGACCAGGUGUAAUGUUAGGACUGUUUGAAUAAAAACUAAUU